CAAUAAGCAUAGCAGUAAGAUAUGGCGCACAAAGUUGUUCUCUUUCUCCUCCCUUUUGUCUUGCUCUUCAUCAUUAAUGACCACAGAAGCUUUGCCAGAGAUAUGAAGAUUCAGCAAGAGAAUGAAAAACAAGCUGAUCAACCUUAUCUUGAUGGCUGGUUGAAAGAUAGCCAAGCAAAGUCGACCUCCAACGCCAAUCCAGCUUAUCUUGAUGGAUGGUUAAAAGAUGGCCAAAAAGCAAAAUCCACACCAAAUGGCAACCAAGCUUACCUUGAUGGAUGGUUGAAAGAUAACCAAGCUGAGAAGGCAAAAUCCACCUCAAACUCCAACCAAGUUUACCUUGAUGGCUGGUUGAAAGAUGGCCAAAAAGAAAAAUCCAAACCCAACUCCAACCAUGUUUAUCUUGAUGGUUGGUUGAAAGAUAGCCAAGAAAAAUCCAACCAUAACUCAAAUCAAAUUUACCUUGAUGGUUGGUUGAAAGACAACCAGGCAAAGUCAACCCUCAACUCCAACCAAGUUUACCUUGAUGGAUGGUUGAAAGAUGCUUACCUUGAUGGAUGGUUGAAAGAUAGUCAAGCCAAGAAAACAAAAUCCACCCCUAACUCCAACCAAGUUUACCUUGAUGGAUGGUUGAAAGAUAACCAUGACAAAUCCAACCCUAACUUCAAUCAUGUUUACCUUGAUGGCUGGUUGAAAGACAACCAAGCAAAGUCGACCGCCAACUCCAACUCAGUUUAUCUUGAUGGAUGGUUGAAAGAUGGCCAAAAAGUAAUAUCCAACACCAACUCCAACCAAGCUUACCUUGAUGGAUGGUUGAAAGAUAGUCAAGAUGAGAAAGCAAAAUCCACCGCUGACUCCAAACAAGUUUAUCUUGAUGGAUGGUUGAAAGAUAACCAAGACCAAAACGAAAAAACAAUCAAACAGGCUUACCUUGAUGGUUGGUUAAAAGAUAGCCAAGUUGACAAAUCAAAAGCUACCCACAUCUCGACUCAAGCUUACCUUGAUGGUUUGUUGAAAAACUCACAUGCAAAACCAAAUGAUAAAUUAUCUUCUAAAGUUGACCAUACAGAGGCAUUCAAGAUGGCUUUUUUCGCUAUAGAAGAUAUGUAUGCAGGGAAUGUAAUGACCUUGUCAUUUCCUAUCAGAGAAUAUGCUAAUUUCUUGCCAAAAAAAGUAGCCGACUCCAUUCCUUUAUCCAAGUCACAAGUACCAAGCCUUCUUCAACUAUUUAAGCUCACAAAAAAUUCUCCUCAAGGUGAAGAUAUGCAAGACAUAAUUGAUCAAUGCGAAUCUCCACUACAAAAAGGGGAGACCAAAGCUUGUCCUACUUCAAUGGAGUCUAUGGUUGAAUUUGUUCAUAGUGUUAUUGGUGCUGACGCUAAAUAUAACAUUCUCACAACUCAAUACCCCACAACAUCAGGUGCAGCUUUGCAGAACUACACCAUUUUGGAAGUAUCAAAGGAUAUCUAUGCUCCUAAAUGGGUAGCUUGUCACCCAAGGCCUUACCCUUAUGCUCUUUACUAUUGUCAUUAUCUAGACAUAGGGAGCAGGAUCUUCAAAGUUCUUCUAAAGGGUCAAUAUGGAGACAUUAUGGAUGCUUUGGCCAUUUGCCACCUAGACACAUCUGACAUGCCUCCUAAUCAUAUCAUAUUCAAGUAUCUUGGAAUGAAGCCUGGGGAAGGUCCACUGUGUCAUUUCUUCCCUGUAAAGCACAUUGUUUGGGUGCCACUCCCAUCAGAGGCCUCCAACUGA